AUGAACCCGUGCCAGGAGCCAAAGAAAGGGUCACUGUACAUCAACAUAUGCAGCUGGAAACGUGUGCCUGCACCUCAGGAUCCCAGCAGGCCUUUACCUGUGUGUGCAGGAAAACUGGAAACAGACGAGUAUGAAGUUUGCUGCACCGUGUUGGAUGUGGCAUUUAACCCUGCAGUGCUACAGGAAUGUAAGAAAGACAAAACAGAAGUAUAUAUGCUGGCUCUGAGCUUUGCCCAGCAGCAUCAUGGGAUGAGGUUAUCUCAGGAGUACACUGUCGUCAGCUGCAGCCCAAAGAGUAACCCAGAAGACCUGCACCGCCGGCUUGGGUUUCAGCAGUGGCCUUACACCUCCAGUAAAACAGACACAGCCAGUAAGACCCCAGCUGCCCUCCUGCAGCAAAUCAGCGCUCUACGCUCAGAGGAACAACACCAGGACCCUGCAGUCCAAAUUGAACGUAGACCUGCAGAGCACAAAAAUAAGGAUUUGAUCCAGGUCAUCUCCACCACGUUUGUGCAGCCUCAGAAGCCGGGGUAUGGACUUGAGGUGAAGACAGAUAGGGAAGGAAUUGCUCGCAGCAUGGAGCUCACAGUGGAGCUGCCAAAGGUUUGCUCCAUGUCGGAGUGUCAGCUGAGAAUCUCCAAGGACGACGUCUUACUGGAGGUGGAGGAUAUCUACUAUUUGCUUCUGGAUCUCCCCAAACCUGUUAUUGAAGACACUGCAUCUGCCAUUUUUAACAAGAAGAACCGAAGGCUAACUUUGAGAGUGGAUGUUUUCUGA